GUUUCAAUGUAAAAUGGUGGUUAGAAGGUACUGCUGCUAAAUACACAGAGGCAAAAAGAAAAAAGACAAACCAUUCUUAGAGCAAACCAAUUCAGAGCUUAAAAAUAAACAUAGGGCGAAUUCAAGGUGUCACCUUACACACACCUGGACAGUUUAGAAAGAUAACCAGUCCCCUCCCCAUUUGGUGUGACUAUCCCGUGGGAAAGGAAUACCAGCAAUAGAGACAGGACGGAGGCUGGAUCGCUGGCGUAGGAUGUCCCGGACCCCGGAGCAGAAGGACGACUCCAUGGAGUGCCCCCUGUGCAUGGAGCCGCUGGAGAUCGACGAUGUGCACUUCUUCCCCUGCACCUGCGGCUACCAGAUCUGCCGCUUCUGCUGGCACCGCAUCCGCACCGACGAGAACGGGCUCUGCCCCGCCUGCAGGAAGCCCUACCCAGAAGACCCGGCGGUGUACGAGCCCCUGUCCCCAGAGGAGCUGCAGCGGAUAAAGAACGAGAAGAAGCAGAAACAGAAUGAGCGCAAGCAGAAGCUGACGGAGAACAGGAAGCACCUGGGCAGCGUGCGCGUGGUGCAGAGGAACCUGGUGUUCGUGGUGGGGCUGUCCCAGAGACUGGCCGACCCAGAGGUUCUGAAGAGGCCGGAGUACUUCGGGAAGUUUGGGAAGAUCCAUAAAGUUGUCAUCAACAACAGCACUUCAUACGCGGGCUCGCAGGGUCCCAGCGCCAGUGCCUAUGUCACCUACCUUCGGUCAGAGGACGCGCUCCGAGCCAUACAGUGUGUCAACAACGUGGUGGUGGACGGCAGGACACUAAAGGCUUCUUUAGGAACAACAAAAUACUGCAGCUACUUCCUGAAGAGCAUGCAGUGCCCCAAACCCGACUGCAUGUACCUGCACGAGCUGGGCGACGAGGCAGCCAGCUUCACCAAGGAGGAGAUGCAGGCCGCAAAGCACCAGGAGUAUGAGCAGAAGCUGCUGCAGGAGCUCUACAAGAUGAACCCCGCCUUCCUGCAGACUGCGUCCGCGGGGGGCGACAAGGCCAAGGGCAAAUCUUGCUCUUCACAGAGACCCAACAGCAACAGUAAGGAGGCGUGGCCGUCGUUACUGACGGGUAAAACGGCCAAUGGGCUGUGCCCGGACCACCGGAAGAGCCCCCCUCUGUUGGACGGCAGCUCGGACUCAGACCACCUGACUCCGGACGGACCCGAGUCGGACCUGGGGCCCUUCUCCACGACCUGCGACCUCUCCAGCCCCAGCGACAGACCCCCGGAGUCACUCAGUAUAGGGAACGGGGAAACGUUACCACAGAUGGCGGACAGCCCGCCCCCUUCGUCCCCCCCUGGGCUGGCCGCCCCCAGCCUGGGGGUCCCGCUGGGCCUGGGGGUCCCGCUGGGGCUGGCUGACCUCACGGCCCGCUCCCCCUUCGAGGGGGCCGCGUCCGAAUCGCAGUCGCUCUUCUCCGACAACAGCAACUUCCGGCACCCCAACCCCCUGCCCAGCGGCCUGGCGCCCUUCCCCUCCGCCCCCCAGGGCCACCCCGACUGGCCCACCGCCCCCGAGCCCCAGAGCCUGUUCACCUCCGACUCGAUCCCGGUCUCGUCCUCCACCGACUGGCAGGCUGCGUUUGGGUUCGGGUCGUCCCAGCAGACGGAGGACGAUCUCGGGUUCGACCCGUUUGACGUGACGCGUCAGGCGCUGGCAGACCUGAUCGAGAAGGAGCUGACGGUGCAGGACCCGGGCCUGGGGCUCCACCACGGGCCCCCGCUCAACGGGCCAAUGAACGGGCCCCGCCCCAAGCCCGGCCCCGCCCUCUUCCCGCCGGGCCCCGCCCCCCCGCAGCGGAUGACCCAGCUGCAGCACCGCGCCCUGUUCGGCUCGCUCAGCUUCCCCGCCCACCCGCACGCCCACGCCCACGGCCACGGCCACGCCCACCCGCACGCCCAGGCCCGCCCCCCCUGGGCCGCCACGCCCCUCCUGCACCUCAACCACAUGACCCACGGCCACGCCUCCUCCGCCAGCGGCUUCCUGGAGCUCAGCCUCCCGCCCCACCACAGCACUGGGCUGGGGGGCAUUCCCAUCACAGAAAGCAGCUCUUCAGCAGAGAGUAUAAAUGUGAAAGAAUGGCAGGAUGGCCUCAGAGCGCUCUUGCCCAACAUCAACAUCAACUUCGGCGGUUUGCCCAACUCCUCCUCCUCCUCCUCGUCCUCGUCCUCCUCCUCCAGUGUGAACCACGCCGGGGCCCCGGGGCCCCCAGGGGCCCUCUCGCACAGCCUGAGCUGGGACAGCACGGCCAGCUGGAUGGACCCUGCCAUCAUCACAGGUAUCCCAGCAUCCUCAGCCAACAGCCUGGACUCCCUGCACGAGGACUCCAACCCGCCGCACUGGCUGAAGUCGCUGCAGGCCCUGACGGAGAUGGAGGCGCCGGGGGCCGCAGGGCCCCCCCCGGGGCACCCCCACGCCCACGCCCACCCCCACACGCACAUCCCCCCGCCCCUGCACAGACCCAGCUGGGCGCCCUACGCCCAGCCCCCGCCCGCCUCCGUCAGCCACUUCCACUCCCCCCCGCCAGGCUUCCAGCCCGCCUUCAGAGCCCCCGGUCACGUGCCCCCCGCCCCCACGGACCUGCUACAGAGUGCCGCCAUGGAGCGCCACUAGGGGGGGGGGAGGGGGGGCUGUGAGCCGGGCCCCAAACCACAGACACAACAUCCAAUCAGAUCACACAGACUAUUAACACAAUAAUAACAAGAUUAUAUAUCAUUUUUUUUCCUCCUUAUCUUAUGUUUUUUUUUUUUUUUUUUUUUUGGACUAUCCCAGCUUCACUCCCCCCUCCGCCCCCCCCUCUGGAACGCCACUCAGUCCCCUGUCACUCCUCUUAACGAUGCGUUUCCUCUGGGCGCCGUGAGGAGCGGGAGAUAAAAACAGGAAGUCUGUGCUUAAUUUUAAUCAUAGCUCAGCGUGACGGGGAAGAACACCUUCAUAUUUGAUAUUUCUGAAAGCCAUUGAGUAGGACCAGAGAGAAGACGUGUAGAAUGGGGAAAAGGGUUUGGCGUCUUGAGUAGAUGCACUAAAACAGAGUAUAUGUAAUUAUGGGGUUUAUAUGUAAUCAAGACGGAAAGAGAAACUAGUAACAAGACUUGCUGCCUUUAUAAAGAUAUGCCAAAAAUCGCUCUUUAGCACCCCCUACCUGUCUUGGGUAGAACUGCUCCCCGCCAGCUCAAAGUGCCAAAUAGAGAUUUGGGUGCAGGUCCUGGAAUAUGAGCUUUGUAUUCUUUGACUGAGGGCACUGUGCUUUAUUAAAUGUCAGUUUUUACCAGAUGACUGGGUUUUGGCUGCAGGCAUCUCUCGCUGCCCUUGGGUAUUUGUGACACUCUUGAACUUGCUGGUUCUUCUCCAGCGCUGGCACAGGGGGUAGGUGGGGUGCAGGGGGUAGGUGGGGGGGGGCAGGGAGGGGUGUUUAAAAGCUGUGCCCCCCCCCCCCUCUCUGAGCUGUACCUCUAACUCUGGGGCGGGGGCUGCCUGUAGCGACAGCCUUACCCCCCCUCCCCUCUUCGCUAGGAUGAGCCGCGGAACCUCUGUAUCAGAGGGGCCCGGGGCAGGGGGGAAGGGUUUGCGGGGCGCGCGAUCCCAGAGGGGACGGCACACGUUAGGCACGCGGUCGAGUACAGGGGCGCGGUCUGCGCCCGAAAAGCCCCCAGCGCGCGGGGCGGCUGCUGUUGCCUCGCUCGUAGAGUGCGACGCCAAGACCGACGGCCAAUCAGCUUCUCCCUUUGGGAGGUUCUCAGCGACGGGCCCCUCCGCCCCCGAGUGACACGCGCCCCUUUUCCCGAAAACGAGAGGCGCGAGGUGGCAGAGUCUACCGCACACACAGCGUUCACCUCUUCCAGCGUCCAGCUCCACUCUGCUCGUUGAAUGUCUUUCUUCGCAAGUGCCGCAAAAGCAGUUACUGGCGUUCGCAGGGGAAGGGCGGCGGCUUUCGUCCAUUUGGGAAUAGACGCAUCAGUGUUCAAUUAGGAAAAUUUAAAAUUGUGGUUUGAUCGGUUCAAAUCAAUCAUUUGUUUGAAACAGAGAUAUUCAAUUAGGUUGUUUUUUUAAGUUUUUUUUUUUUUAAUGUUGGGCUACUUGAUUAUAGUUGGCAUUUAGGGUUUCCUUGUCUUCAGCACCAGAGCUGUAGGCAUCCAAGUGCAUGCUGGGAUAGCAGCUCCACCCGGUCACCCAGAGCUUAAACUGGGGCCUUUUACGGUCAUGUUUUUUUUUUUUUUUUUUUUCUUUCCCCAUCUUUCUUUUCAUUUAAUGGUCUUAAUUCAUCAUCCGCUGCGUAGGCAAUCGCUCAGCACUCAUCAGUAUUCAAGAGAAGAAAACGUACCUACCGGCGCAGUUAACCCUGGUUUAUACACCAUGCUAAAAAUACAAAGUUAAAAUGAAGAGCUGAAGGAAUUGUACUUCCCUCUGCAGGUCUGGAAAGGAACUAAAUCUUAAAUAAAAGAGAAAACACUUGA